UGACUAAUUUUUUCGUUACCCUUAAUAUGAACGCACGCGCUUUAUAUGGUUAAACAGUGUAAUCUUUAAGUUUAAACAAACAGAAACGGGUUCAAUUCAAGUAGCGAUGCCGUCCAAAGAUUCAACACCACCACCGUAUCAAAGUGCUGCCAAAAUCUCCGAUUCUCAAUGUUUUCCUCAAUACACUGCUUCUCUCAAAUGUUUAGAAGAAUUUAAUUCGGACAAGAGUAAAUGUCAAGAACAUUUUGAUGUUUACAAGGAGUGUAAGAAAAAGGAGAGGGAGGCACGACUGGAACGUAAUAAAAGUCGGUCCUUAUUCUCAUGAAUCUUAGCAGAGUUUUGCUUAUUGUAUCAUAUGUAUCACUGCUUCAUCUAUUGUAGCAUUAGCCAUUAAGGUUAUGAAGUUAUUGAAGCUAUGACAAAAAGGUGUUUGCAAUAAAUUUUGUAAACGGUAUUCUGUCUUUUUGCAUCAGUACUUAAUUUAGGUUCCAAUAAAUUAAUUGUUUACAUUUUUCUUUUGGCAAAGAAUUAAUUGUUUACACUUAAUUGCAAUAUGUUUUCCACUGAAACCUUGUUGACCUUUGGAUACUAAAUUACUACGAUGUAUGAACUCUCUUUCUUUCCA